AUGUUCUCUGGGUCGAAAUUGCGCAAACGUGAUCGCAGGAUGUUGAUGUCUUUUGCGACUUCCUGCACUUGUACUUGCCCUCCCUCCCCGUGCAGGGCUACAGAACGAAGAGCAUGUCGCUUGACAAAUUUCUCUACCCAUCCACGAGAUGCUGUGAACUUUGACUGGGGCUUCUGGUUGGCUACGCGGAGCAAUGCGGGAGCAGUUGCCUUGAUGAUUCGUACGGUCCGCUCGGCAAUGCCGAACUGUCGCAUAACGGCUGUGGUACGGUAUCCAUUGUCGAGCAGAUCUGCGAUUUCGUGCUUCUGCGAUAUGGUCAGACGCUUGCGAGUCGCUUUCGUCUUUUCUGGAACCGGAGCCAUAACGACUACAAUCCCCCCCCUGUAUGCCGAAUCAAAUCAGGUGCGUAAUACUGUGCGGAAAGAGCUUGUCUCAGUACUGAAGGAUGCACCUUCCGCCUGGCACGUACCAACGUUGUCCACUAUGCCCGUCACCUUACCCCCACCCCCCACUUUUCAAGAACUCCUCUCCCUUUGCUCCCAUAUCCCCCGCCAGCCUCCUCCCUCACCCUCAACAGCCCAUCUCCUCGCCCCAUUUGUCGACAUCUGCAAUGAGCCCUGGAUCCAUGACUUCCUGUUCACCCCCGAUGCAAUCGAACUCUCACACUUUGCGUCGCCCAUUCUUUCCUCCACUGCCUACCUAUGCUCCAUUUCACAAACCGCUGUUACCCGCGCGGCCCUCCUCCCCGACCCGUUUCUCACCAGCCUUCAUGACUCUCGCAUGUUCGGUCACUACCUCUUCGUCCCAGCAUUUCACGCUCACGGAGCCACCGUAGGCUUUGGCAUCAUGGACAGCGCCUUUCAAAACCAUGACUUCCGUAAACUUUGCCCGUCAGCCACCAUAAGGGAUCGAUUCAUGACCUUUCGCUUCGUCAGGGACACAAAGCGAAAACUUUUGUUAGAAGUCUUUGAUCUGCCGGAACAUGGUAUCGUCGUUACUUUCAUCUUCCAGUAUCUCACUUCCAUGACAUCCAGAAGCUUUACCGCAGUCUUCCUCCGAGAACCUUUCUUCCGCGCAGCUAAUGAUCGAACCAAGCCGUUUUCCGCGGAAGCCGUUAUUCCAGCUCUGCUCGUCUUGAAAAACGACACCCAAUAUCGCUUAUGUCCGUUUUGCGGUCAGAAAAAAUUACCACCGUGCAAGUGCAUCCGCCCGAGGUUUUCUCCUGCUCAUCCGUUCGACACAGGCUCUUUCUCCUAUCACAUGACGCUACAGCAAGGCGUGUACACCGGCUUUUCCAAAAAGGCCAUGUUCUGGCAGGCAAGUCAGUCUCAUGACAUUACUUUGGGCAAUCGCUAUGUGCUGGAGCCGUUUCUCGACACUUCUAUUGUGUUUCGCUUGAGCUCCGAUGCGAUCAAGGUGAUUCUGAUGCGCCUGAGCAACAACCCUCGAAUGUCCCUGGUUUCAAAUUCACUCUCUGCCGCGCGUGAUGUCCAAGUGGUAAGCACUAUGCCACAGCUUCUAGAUACAAAUUUAGGAAAUGACGCUCUUGAAAACCUGGAAUGCUUAGAUCCCGACGCCUCAGCGUCACAAAACAGACACGGCAGUCUCGUUCAAUCUCAUGAGCAUGAUAGCCUUUCUCCGAUUUGCGCAGAUGAAAUAUGCUUGACAAAAGCGUCAGGAAGUGACCCGGAUCCUUUCACAUCUCUUUUUUGCGACAGAGUUAGUCCAUCUCAAGAAUGCUAUCGCCUUUCCCCGACUUUGAUGAAAAAGCGAUGUACGACCCAGGAAUCCCGCAGUGAUCGACAUCUCCAGCGUAUGAAUGGAUUUGAGAGCACUUCUAUCGUCAGCUGCAUUUCGACUGAGCGAGGCGGCAAAAGUAAUCUGCUGGCUCCACGGCCGAAAGUCGUUUUUGUUUCGCGCAAGGAAAGCAGUCUGGCUCCAACUGGUCGGAAGAAUGGUGUGAAGACAACCACAGUCCCAGACCUAGCGGAAAGGAGAAAGAGAGCGAUAGAACGCAGGGAGCGCAACCGAGCCGCUGCGCGCCGUUCCAACCAAAGAAUAAGAGAACAUCGAGAGGGGCUUCUAGCUGAGAUACAGGCACUGAAAGAAAAGGCCGAAGAACUUCGAGUUAGGGAAGUCUCUCUUCGGCAGGAAAACCUCCAACUCCGGCGAAAUGCGGGAGGUGUUGGCCUCUUGCUUGUUCGCUCCUCUUAUAUUACAUAUUCAGAAGGCGUUAGAAAUGGUCACAUGUAUUCCGAAGACACGAUGAGCUUCUAUGUCGUUAUUACUAUUUAA